AGCCCUGGAGACCAACAAAUACAACCAUAUCACAGCCACAUACUACCUACUGGCAGAGCGGAUCCUGAGGGAGAAGCAGGAGAAGGAGGUGCAGACUCGCUCCUCCAGCCCCAGCAACAUCAAGGCACACUUCAGGCAGUCGUGGCCCUCCAGAGUGGACAUGCACCAGGACAUCGAGGACAGCCUGGCAGCGUCCUCUAUCUCCCAUGCUGGAGGCCCCCAGUCCCCAGCCCGCAGUGCAGAGAACCUCCUCAACGGACAUCGCUCCAAAGGCCUGAUGGAGCUGGGCCGACGGGACGAAACAGUGAGCGACUCAGCAGGAGCACCAGCACAGGGAGCCUGUGCUGUUGUUGGCUCUACUGCUGGAUCUCUCAAGGCGCCCACACCAUCUACCUCAGCAUCAGCCAAGCAGAGAAGCUGCCUCUUCAGGGUGGAGGAGGAUGAAGAAGAAGAGGAAGAGCAUGAGCCGUCUCCCCUUCCAAGCCAGGUCAUCCUGAGACGUAAGCCCCCCUCCAUCAUCAACCGCCUCACCUCCAGGAAGAGCGCCCCAGUGCUCAACCAGAUCUUCGAGGAGGGGGAGUCGGACGAUGACUUCGACAUGAACGAGGGUCUGCCACCCAAACUCAGCCGUGUCAAGAUGAACAUGGCUGGAAACACCGCCAACCUGAGCUCCGGGACAUCCCCGGGGGCCACGCACAAGCGCUACCACCGCCGCAAGAGCCAGGGGAGGGGGUCGUCGUGUUCGAGCUCUGAGACGAGCGAUGACGACUCAGAGAGCCACCGCAGGCGUCUGGACAAAGACUCGGGCUUCGGUUACGGCUGGAACAGAAGGGACAGCAGCGAGGGGCCACCGGGCAGCUCAGGGGGCAACGGAGGGGGCAGCAGCUCGGGUCAGAGUAAACCUUCCGGAGAGGGAGGGGGGACCUCCGGCCCUGACAUGGGGAGUCCUCCUGGAGGGGGUGGUAACGGAGGAGGGGGGGGAGGUGGCGCUGGAGGGGGAAGUGGGGGAGGAGGGGGGGGUAAUAAAGGACAGGAUAGCCCCUCCAGUUGUUGUAACAACAGCAGCAGUACUAACCCCUCUCUCAGCACGGAGCUGGUGGAGAGCCUGAAGCUGAUGAGUCUUUGCCUCAGCUCCCAGCAGCAGCACCGCGGGGGCCGGGGGGGGCAAGGAGGAGGGGGGAGGCAGUUCAUCAUAGACCCUCGCAACUUCCCAGGAGGGAGCGUGAAAAUCCAGGAGAAAUCCGCCUGGAGGAUGUGCAUCGGCUCCACCGGAAGCCUGGACACCAUCACCCUCCCCAUCACCACCGCCGCCACCCUGCCCCGCUCCCAUGCCGCUCACCACCACCGCAAAAUGGCGGUGCACGGUUCCCCCGGCAGCAGGGACGCUCACAGCAACCUGAGUGCUCUGAAAAAUGGUGUGCUCCAACUACCUCUGUGUGAAAAAACCAUCUCGGUGAACAUCCAGCGGGGCGGGGGCUCCAGGGACGGCCUGCUCUGCAACUCGGCUCCGGCCAGCUGCUGCCAGGUCAUCUGAAGCUCUCAGUGAGAACACAUGACGGCCUGCUGCUGUUUUCACUAGGCUGCUUUUACAUUCAUUAGUGUGUUUAGUACCUUUUUCUUUUUACCCCCCCAACUGCCCUCCAGACUAGUGGAAUAACCUCAAUGACAGUCUGCUGCUUUCAGAACAUAUAACAUAGGAAGGUCUGAUUUGAUGCUAACUGGAUAUGGGAUGGAAAACAUAAUGGCAGACUUUCUUUUAGCUGUGCUGUUUGGGAAAACGUAUGUUAAUGUUAUGAGUAUAAAGUGAAUAUUUUGAAAAAAGUCAUUAUUAUGAGAACAAAUUUUAGUAGACAAAAGUCGAAAUAAUUUCUGAAUGAAGCCAUCAUUUUUAAUAUUUAAAGUAAUUAUUUUACAAAACAAAUCAUAUUUUGAGGCUAAAUUGUAAUUUUACAAUAACAAUGUUCUAAUAGUUUAGGAUAAAUAUUAAAAUUAUUCUCAUAAUAUUUACUUAUAUUCCACUAAUGUCACUUUUAUCUUGUAUUUCUCACAUUUAAAAUUACAUAUUUAUUCUAAAAACACUGCAAUGUUUUUUUCUCAAAAUGUUUAAUUUGGAAUCUUAGAAUUCUUUGCCGUAACUAAUUCUAAUUCUCUGUGGUACUUAUACUCCAGUAGAAACACUCCCGCCCUCUGAGCGUCUAUAACUGGGAUUACGCACGGGAAGAAAAGGUUUGUUUUGACUCCAUUCUGGACUCCAUAUUGCACUCAGACAAUUUGUUUUAUGUUUAUGUUUCAUUUAGAAAGUUAUUUCUAUUAGAAUGAAUUCAACUCAUCUGUCAAAACCCCUUUACAUCUGACUGAUAAACGAGCUGGUCGUUUAUCAGAGUGUGUGUACUCCAACAUAAUGCUAAUCUUUGGAAAAGUUUCUGCUGACCAUAUAUUUAAAAUGAGGUGUUCUUAUUUUUUUAUCCAUAUUUCAGUGGUUUGCUGAUAGUAAACAUUAGAUGGGUCUGGCUCUCACUACCAAAAUCCAAGUAGUGUGUUCUGGUUUGACCUGCUGGCUUCUCUCAGUCCCACCUCUUGACUCUUGUAUAUACAGUAUGUUGAAAGUAAAGUUUAUUUUUAAAACUUGUACAUUUAUUUGGAGCGAUCUGCUGUUUGAAAAUGUAGAAAGGCUUGUGAAGUGUCAUGGUGUCAGCAGUAGGAGCUCACUUGUCAUGAACUCCAGCUUUAAAGGAGCUGCCCAAGAGAAGAUCACAGAAAGACAGGACGGGGGGACGGGGACAUUCUCUAAGGGCAUUGGCAAUAAGCUAUAUGGUGUGUUGCAGCUAUCUGUACAGAAACAUUUUAUUAGUUUAAUGUUCUUAAUUCCAGACUUGUGCAGCCUCACAGCGGCCACUUUGGACUAAACAGAAAAAAGGAAAGCUUUCUUUGAAAUAUUUCUGUGUGUCUUUGGUUGUUGUCUGACUUUUCUUUUUCAAAGAAAAUGUAAAUGGAGUUGUAAAUAUGGUGCUCUUUCUCUUUCUGUAGAACAGCUGAGUGAACCCCUUGGUGCAUAGCUGUACAGUAAUCUAGCCUUAUGAUAAUUAGUACUGUAUGGGUGUCUUAUUCAUACUGUCAGGUCUGUCUGACUGUCGUCUUGCUCCACUGUAUCCAGGUGAAUGACGUGCAUGUGUUUCAAUGUUUGACAUUCAAUGACACACAGGAGAGAGAAUCAGCCACAGAAAUGUUACUGGACCAAAAAGCAGAAGAAAAAAAGGGUUGGAACUGACAGAAAUAUUCAGUGUAUUAUUCUGUAGUUGAUACCUGGUGUCAGAAGUUACAUAUAGCUAUGGUGAUAUCCAAAAAUAAAAUGUGGAAUACUGUCUCAUA